GCGAGGAGGACGGGGCAGGCGAGCCGCAGCUGAGCAGAUCAAGUACUGCUGGGCGAAAUUCACAUCACUGCCCUUUCCGCUCCGCUGUCCAGCCAAUCAUCCAUUCUCGGGCCUCCCUCCACGUACUACAACAUAUUCACGGAGCAUAAAAAUGUUCGAUUCGGUGCAUGCCAUGGGCCAGACUGUUACCCGUUGAACGGGGAGAUGUCUGGCUCGCCAGAAUAUCUGUUCUGCAGUGGGCUGGACAAUUUAUCCCAAUCCAGCACCGAUCGACUCCAGCCAGCGUUAUCAUCAAAUGCAACUUCUCGCACAGGGGCUGAUAGAUCAUGCGGAGAGCGGGCUGACACAUAAUGGAACUAGCUGGUAACGAAAAAUCUUUAUCGUGGAGCCUGGAGGCUUUCAUUACGUACAUAUCUUGCUAGUAUGAUCGUUGUGGAGGGCGUGGCCGGAACAGUCCGCAAAAUAGCGGAUUUGAAACCGGCCUCUGUCUAUAUAAGCGCCUGGAAGCGUGGUUCGCGGGUGUUGGGCACUCAAUAAGUCAAAAACCUCACAUUCAUCGAUCAGAGUCCUAUCACGUGCUUACCUAGAUCAAGAUGGCCCUUUCAACCUCAACUUAUUUCAACGUCCUGAAGGACACCGUGCCUGACGACAAGUCAUUGCCUGCCUUCAUGGUGUCCUAUGACAGAGGCUUUCUACCUCGUGCAGAGCCUGUCGUCAGCUUACCCAAGGAGUUUGAGCCAUUGGAGACUAUACUGUCCAAUAUGCCGAUUAAGAAGGCCGAUGGCACACCUGGGCUGCUGGCUACAUGUGAGCUUGGCGAAGCUGUCAAGAACUUCCCUGACUUGACUGAUGCUAUUGAGAAGUAUAAGGAGGAUCUACCACUCAUGAAUGCGCUCUACCGAGACUACUCCUUCUUGGCCUCAGCUUAUCUACUUGAACCAUGUCAUGGUCGGUUCAUGAAGGGUGAGCCAUAUGGUUUGGCCAGAGAUGUGCUUCCCGCAAACAUCGCUGUGCCCAUUGUUAAGGUGGCAGAAAUUGCAGGCUUUAUGCCGUUCAUGGAAUAUGCGGGCUCAUAUGCCCUGUUCAAUUACCGCCUAGAGGACCCUAAAAAGGGUCUUGAAUAUGAUAACUUGCGCCUCAUCAGGGCUUUCGAACAUGGACUUGAUCCCAAGUCCUCUGAGGCGGGUUUUGUGCUCGUGCACGUAGCCAUGGUGAAACACUCUGGUGCGCUCGUAUCUGCCGCCAUGGAUACUCUGAAUGCGUGCGCCGACUCCAACCGCGUAGAGUUCAACAAAGCUCUAAAAGGCGUCGUUGAUGCGCUCGCCAGAGUCAAUACUGUCAUGAACGAAAUGUGGACAAAGUCAAAGCCACAAUCCUAUACGUCAUUCCGGACGUUCAUAUUCGGCAUCACCUCCCAGACCAUGUUUCCAAAUGGUGUCCUGUACGAAGGCGUUGGCAACGAGCCGCAAUAUUUCCGCGGUGAGUCCGGAGCCAACGACAGCAUGAUUCCACUCUGCGACAAUCUGUUGCAAAUCACCAUGCCUAACACACCGCUUACGGAGAUUUUGCGCGACUUCCGCAAAUACAGGCCUGGGAACCAUCGCGAAUUCCUUGCUUGGGUCCAGGCUCGUUCCGAGAACAUCGACGUGCGUCGCUUCGCUCUUGCAGACAAGGAAAGCGCUAGCUGGUAUCUCAAGUGCCUUAACGAAGUGCGGGAUUUCCGGUGGCGUCACUGGAACUUCACAAGGGAGUACAUUCUGCGGAGGACGAGGCAUGCCACUGCCACGGGAGGAUCGCCUAUUGUUACGUGGUUGCCAAAUCAGUUGCAAGCUGUACUCGAUCAAAUGAUUGAGGUCGAGCCUCUUUGCAACAAGACGGCGGACAUUGAGGAGAUCAUGGAUCUAGUCAAGUUGCAGAGCAACACGCUCCAGAAAGAUGUGAAACGAUAUAUUGAGGAACGUGGAGCCUGAGAAUUUGCAGAUGACCUGGGUAUUGGAAGUAAGCAGUUGGAAGAAAAAAGAACAGAUAAUAGUUAAUUUGAUGACGACGAUCACGUACGGAUACGUAGAGAUUUUAGAUCUAGCCAAAUUCCGACGACAGCACCUUGCAGUAAAAAUCAAGGUCGCUGAGCUUCCUCCGACAGGUACCGAUCCAUUGGAGCGGCGCAGCUUCUGGUGUUUGGAAGGUUACAUCGCUGUCUUCCCGUGCCGGUGAGACGUGGUUCUCUUGCUCCUUGAAGUGUGCUUGGCAUGAAAUCAAAGGCGUUUGCAGAUAGCUGCGUCAUGGCACAGUUGAUCGAAACAUCUAGCUUUCGACUGCUGUUUGGUGGAUGCGCAAUGAGACUUAGAGGAGAACGUACUCGAUGUCGAAAAACUUGAAAAUUUAGGUGAGCAUGCAAAUUAAGUACGAAUGUCCAACAACAAUAUCUGGAAGCUAGUUAAGCGUUUCAAUUUAGCGUAUGUAGCUAAGCGCCUAUAGCUAUGAGAAAAUGCUUAUUCUGGACUUCAUAUUGUUAUAGCCUUUCAAAAUGGUUUAAUGAAC